GCUGCAACAGUCCUAUAAUCAUAUUAUUAUUGUGUGUCAUUAUGUAAUUUAACUGAAAGCGAGAAGAAAAAUAAGAAUCAUUCCGCUGCCACAAGGUUAGUAAAAGAAAAAAGCUAGCGUAAUCAGUGAGCGUGAACGUGAAAAAAAGAAGAAAAAAAUUUAAGAGGUCAUUCUGAGCGUGUAAAAAAAGCGUGUCAUGAGACGAGGUGAAGAGAUUGCGCAUGAGUAUGCGCAGAGAAAGUUAAAAUUGACGAGGAGUGGUAUUGGACAUUUGUUUACAUACUUGUUGCGUUUUAUUGAUUUUGAUUAUGAAAGUUAGAAACGAAUGAUGAUGUGAUUAGUGAUCGGAUUUGUGACUUUUAUUUACAAGUUUUAUUCAUUUCUCAUGGAUAACUGUCUAAAAUUUCUAUUUUUGGUGUUCCUUUUACCCGUCAUAAGAUCUUCCGGUGUCGAAAAAGAAGAUGGCCAUUGUGUUAUGCGUGGACAGUGUGAAGGAAGGUUUGGAAAUACUCCUUGUGUCUAUAAUGGUCCAGCAUUACCUUUAGAGAAAGAUGUCCCCUUACCCAAUAAUAUGACAACUUUUGAUCUCUUAAAUAAACUCUGUCCAGAUUUUAUCUAUGAUGAUGAUCCUCAUGUGUGUUGUAGUACAAAGCAGUUGUUGGCAUUUCAAGAGCAAAUGGAAAUGGUGGAAGCUUUGGGCUUCCUUCGCUGUCCCUCCUGCCACCAAAACUUCCGACGCACCAUCUGCUACAUGUCUUGUACACCGUGGCAGAGCAGGUUUGUCCGACUCCUCCGGAGUGACACGGUCGAAGCAUUCGGUGAUGAGCCCGAACACGAAGUUGUAGAAGAAGUGGAAUAUUUUAUUUCCAAAAAGUUUGCCUAUGCUUUGUAUGAUUCUUGUGAAGGACUUCAAGGUUUUUUCCCAGGAAAAUACUUUCUGGAUUUUGGGUGUGGCUCUUGGGGAAGAUCUGGUUGUAGUCCUGAACGGUGGACCGAAUACAUGGGCUCCACACCCGACGAAGGAGCCUACUCGCCUUUUAAGACUAUAUAUAGUAUACACCUUGAAGAUACUGUGGAAGUGGAUAACAGAACAUACAACCCUAUGAAAGCAUUUCACACUAAGUGUUCUGAAUCCCCUGGCCCAGGCUUUGAUAAAUGCAGUUGUAAUGAUUGUCCUGAUGCGUGCUCUUCCGGUGCCAUGACACCACCUGAUCUCCCUCCCAUUCCAGUGCCAUUUAGAAUUUUAAAUCUACACGGUGCCACUGUAGUUUCCAUUUUUAUUUUUUUCUUGAUCUUUUUCACCAUGACAUUUAUAUUCUGCCGUCACCGUAAGGCAAGUCUUUUACCUGCGGAAUUACUAAAUGAAAUCAAUCCACCUGGUGUCAAUCUUGGAUCUCUAGAAGAAGUUGAACCUUUAAGAUCAAAAUUUCCUAAUCCUGUGAUAACAUCGAGAAGUCGGAGAUCUCCGUCGACCACUCAAAAAUCUGUCCAGAGACCCUCUAAGAUACGAAUGUUUGGUUACAGCCUCGAAGGACACUUGGAAAAAAAUUUCAUGAGUUGGAGUCUUUUUGUGGCCAGACGACCCAUCAGCAUAAUGGUGUCCUCACUUUUUGUUUGCCUUCUUCUUUCUUCAGGACUUCUGCUCAAUUUUGAUGUCACCACAAAUCCUGUAGAUUUGUGGGUGUCGGCUAGCAGUGAGGCACGUCACGAUAUGGAGUAUUUUAACAAUCACUUUGGGCCAUUCUAUCGCAUUGAACAAGUUAUCAUAACACCAACAAAACAAGAAAGCUUUUUUCAUCCCAUAGUGGUAAAUCAUGAAAUAAAAAAUAUCUCAUGGGGACCCAUUUUCCAACAAGAUUUUCUUUUAGCAGCUUUGGAUUUGCAAAUGGAGAUUGAAAAAAUAACUGCUGUGUUGAAUGAUUCAACUCUUCAUUUGAAAGACAUUUGUUUAUCACCAUUAAAACCACUCAACUCUGAAUGUGUUAUACAAAGUCCUUUUGCAUUUUUUCAAAACAAAGCUGAGAGUUUUCAAAAUGUAACUGAUUACCUGACGCAUUUUAAGAGCUGUUCACUAACUCCAAGUGAUCAUAAAUGUUUUGCACUCUAUGGUGGGCCUAUAGACUCUGCAUCUCUUGUUUUUGGAGGUUUUGAAUCUUCUUAUGACUCUGCUCAGGCGAUCAUUAUAACCAUUCCUGUCACCAACUACAAUGAUGAAAUAAAUAAUGCUAAGGCCAAAGCUUGGGAAAACGAAUUCUUAGAGUUUAUUGGAAAUUUUUCCCAUCCUUUGAUGAGUAUUGCUUAUAAAGCUGAAAGAUCGAUUCAAGAUGAGAUAGAAAGAGGGAGCCAUUCUGACAUUCUUACUGUUGCGAUCAGUUACAUACUAAUGUUUAUUUACAUAACUGUUUCCUUAGGAGAAUUUCAUGAAUGUAAAACAUUACUGCUAGAGUCCAAGUUUACUCUUGGCUUCUUUGGAGUCCUGAUUGUGCUUGUUUCUGUUAUUUCUUCAUUGGGGAUCUUUUCUUUUCUGGGUGUUCCGGCAACUUUGAUUAUUGUAGAAGUUAUUCCAUUUUUGGUACUGGCCGUGGGAGUUGAUAAUAUCUUUAUAUUGGUACAAGCCUUUCAGAGAGAAGAAAAAAAAGCUAAUCAAACAUUGGAUGAAAGGAUUGGAUUUGUGGUUGGAAAAGUUGCACCCAGCAUGCUUUUAUCCAGCAUCUCCAUGUCCAGUUGUUUUUUCAUUGGUACCCUGACAGACAUGCCUGCUGUGCGUCUCUUUGCAUUGUAUGCAGGUGUUGCACUACUUGUGAACUUUUUUUUGCAGAUGACUUGUUUUUUGGCUCUUUUCAUAUUAGAUUGCCGACGUCAAGAAAAUCAAAGAUUAGAUUUAUGUUGCUGCUUCAAAACUUCAAAUAAGUCAAAAACAACGUCUGUGAAAGAAGGUCUUAUGUUUAAAACUAUUAAAAACCUCUACGCUCCAUUUCUAAUGAAAAAUUCUGUUCGAUAUUUUGUUAUGACAUCGUUUAUUGCAUGGCUUUGCUGUUCAGCUGCUGUUUUGGAUAAAAUCGAAAUUGGAUUUGAUCAGAAGUUAUCGGUUCCAGAGGAUUCUUACAUGCUUAAAUACUUUGAACACCUUGAAAAGUACCUCUCUGUCGGACCUCCCGUGUACUUCAUCAUCAGCGAUGGUUACAACUACUCCAAUCCUGUGGGUCAGAAUAAAGUCUGCUCUUCCCAAGUAUCUUGUGACUCAGAUUCUAUUACUUAUCAGUUGGGUAGAAUGGCUAUGAUCCAAAACAGGACUUACAUUGCUCUUCAGCCCAUAUCAUGGAUGGAUAAUUAUCUUGAUUAUUUGCAAGCAGAUUCUUGUUGUUUUGAGUUUAAAGAAAAUGGAACUCACUGCCCUUCUUACACAGCCCAUCUAAUGAAAGGCAUGUGUAAAUCUUGUAGAGUCAAAGACCCAUCUACAUUGUCUGAAGCUGAAUUCACGAGAAGGCUCGACUUCUUCCUCAAUGAUUCUCCCUGGAAUGCAUGUCCAAAAGGAGGUAAAGCAAUGUUCCGUUCUUCAGUCGAGUUGUUGUCUUCCGAAAAUGCAACUAGAAUCGCUGCUACCAACUUCAUGACUUAUCAUACUGUUCUGAAAACAUCAAAAGAUUUUUAUGAGGCUUUGGAUUGGUCAAGAACUAUUUCAAAAAACAUCACUGCUUCUCUGCGAAAUAUCUCUGGUGAUUCUGAAGUUACAGUCAUGCCUUACAGUUUGGUGCAUGUGUUUUAUGAACAAUAUUUGACAAUGUGGCCAGAUACAUUGAGAAGCUUAGGGCUCUCUGUUGCAGCCAUUUUUGUGGCCACUUUUCUUUUACUCGGACUCGACUUCCACUCGGCUGCUAUCGUUACUGUUGCUGUGGUGACCAUUGUAUUAAACAUAAUGGGCCUCAUGUAUUUCUGGGACAUAUCAUUGAAUGCAGUGUCACUAGUCAAUCUUGUUGUGGCAGUUGGUAUAUCAGUGGAGUUCUGUUCUCAUCUCACCAGAACGUUUGCCCUGAGUGAGAAGCAAACGAGAGUGGAGAGAGCUCAAGACGCCUUGUGUCAGAUGGGAACCUCAGUACUAUCAGGUAUAACAUUAACAGAUUGUGGCAUCCUAGUCUUAGCCUUUGCCAAGUCCCAGAUAUUCCAAGUAUUUUACUUUAGAAUGUAUCUCGGAAUUAUAGCCUUUGGUACUUUACAUGGUCUCAUACUUCUGCCCGUCCUCUUAAGUCUCUUUGGUCCAUCUGUUCGGUGGAAAGAGCCAAAAGUGAAUACAACUUUUGAUUGCCAAAUAGAUAUGCCAAUUAAUAUCGGGCAACUUGAUAUGCCUGUUAUUACUGUCAACAAUGGAAAUGGAAAAGGAGCAAGGUGUCUAUGACAUAUCUAGUUUCUAUUCCAAAUAGAUAAAGAAAUCAAGACUGACAAUUUUUGAAAAUGGUGUUCAACUUGACACACUUUAGGUAGACUUCAAGUAAUUGACUGGAGAACAUUUUAUAUUUUUAGCAAAUUUCAUAUAAUAUGUUUUGUCUGAAAAUGAGUUUAAUUUUUAUAGACAUUCAGCAUUUAUUCAUUGAACUAUUUUCAUUAUUUUAAACCCAUAUAGCUCCU